AUGUUAAACCUCUAUGACAUUUGUUUAAAAGGAAGCUCUCUUGAUAACAUUGUAAAGGAUAUCAAGAGGCAUGAUGUAGACUUUGCUAUUGCCUCCUUGUCUCAAAGCAAAGACUAUACUCAAGUUCCUUCAAGCACUUGCAAGACUGUUGUUAAUUGGGUCAAUGAAACAUUAAUGCCCAAACUUUUUCGUUUGUGGGACAAGGAUCAAACAAAGGAUGCAUUAUGCCAAUCAAAACUAAACGGUGGGGCUGGAUUAACCAUAGAACAAGCUCAGCCUUUCUAUGAUGCAAAAUUUGAUGGAGCAACUCUCUCAAAGAUUGUGAUAAAAGACAAAUUGAUAGAGAAAAAUAAGAUACAAUUACCAUUAUUGAAAAUCGUUUCUAAACACUCAAAACCGAAAUACAUUCCAGACAAAUAUAUAGAGAUAAUUCCAAAUUUUUCUGAUGAAGAAUUGUAUUUAUUUCAAGAGAUCAGUGAGCUAAAAUUGAGAGAUUUAUCAUAUGUUCACCAUAGCUAUCUAGAUCGUCUCAUUUUCAAUGGCAUGCUGAAUAGAGAACAAGCAAAACAAGCGAUUUUAGAUUUAAGUGCAAGACAAUACAAAGCAAGUCAACAAGAAAAAAUUAACAAACAAGACUUAACUUUUUUGAUUGCCAAAGGUGGAAGUGGGAGUGGGAAGACUCGUAUUAUGUCUGAGGUUGUCAAAAUUCUUUCGAAGGCCGAACCACAAUAUAUUUUUAAGAAUUCUUCAAUCAUUUACUUCAACUUUACAAAUGGAUUUGUUUUGCAAAAUGAUGUUGAAAGAGACAGUAGUAUUAUUUCUUUAAUCUCAUCGAGAAUCAUUUACGCUGCUUUUGAACAAGGAGAAGAAAUUGCAAAACGAAUACCAAAAAUAACUAAUGAUUAUUUUAUAUAUGAACUUCUCCGAAUUAUAAGCUCAAAAAUGCACGAACAAUUGAAAGUCGAGCAAUCGAUGCCAAUACCUCUUAUUCUCGCAUUUGAUGAAUAUCAAAGAGUAACCAGACUGAAUCAAAAUCUGAAUACACAAUUACAACAUAAAAUUGGAUGGUAUAUGAGACACUUUCAGAAAAAACAGGGAUUGAUUUUAUUUCCAUCAUUCUCAGGAACAGGAUGUCGAAAUUAUUAUGAAAGAGCAAGAUUUAAUAGAAUUUUAUACACCAAAGCUCUCAAAUAUGAAAAGAGAGUUGAAGAAUUAUCUGGCCAAGGCAGAAUUUACAAAACUAAUGACCAUAUUGGAAUACCACUUCUUGCUAUUGAUAAACUUUCAGAAUCAAAUGAGAAAAUUCCAAAAAGCUUAUUCAACGACUUUGUUUAUACUUCAACAAAACCGGAUUGGGAAAAAUUCGAAGAGCUAUGUUUGAAAACAAUUACCUGCAAACUGAACUAUAUUCUCAAACUGAAACCAAUUGAGCCUGUAAAUACUUUUACUGUCGGUGAACUUUUUCAAGGAGCACAUAUGACAGAUAAGCUUGCUCAUAUGACCUUGACCACUAAUAUUGGCACAAAAGCCUACUACCGUUAUGUUGAAGUUGUAGAAACAAUUUCUAAAUCACUUAUUCAGAACGAAAACAUGCAUAAUGUAAUCACAAAGGCAAAACUGAAUCAACAAGGUAUUGAUGGAUUUUUGCCUGUAUUUGUUUCUGGUGGGAGGAAAGUGUUAUUUGUAGUUCAAAAUAAGUUUAUGAAUGAUGAUUCACAAAUAAGGACACCCGAACCCAAACAAUUAUGUGAUCAUUAUAACAAGGCACUAUUGGAUAUUGAAGGUUAUGAUAUUUAUCCAGUAAUUUUUUCGAGAAAAAAAGUCUCUGAUAACACAGCCAAAAGUGUUAGAACAGGAAUAAUUCCAACUUCAAAAGAGACACCAUGUCCUAAAUUAAUUUUGGUUUCUGGAGACUGUUUUGAUGCCUUUUUCCAUCCAUUCAUUACCAACAUUCUCAAACUUAGGGAAAAACCUUGUGAGGAGUAA